CCUUCACCUCAUACGUGCAUUUCCAUCUCUUCCUUUUCUGUUUUUCUUCAUUUCUUAUAAUAUUAUCAUACCCACUGCAUAGCGUUGCAUAUAUCGUUUUAUUCCCUUUCAUUCCCAUCUCCACCAUAACAAUGCUUUUCCCUACCACACUCGCCCUCGCUGCAAGCUUCAUGGCUGCCAACGCCGCACCCCUAGCGACCAGGGAGCACAUAAACGACGGUGUAAUCCUAAACUACGCCCUAACCCUGGAACACCUCGAGGAUGCCUUCUACACCCAAGGUCUGAAGAACUUUUCCAGCGCCUCCUCCUUCUCCGCCUUCCCGCCCACCCUCUUCCCCACCCUGCAGACAAUAGCAUCGGAUGAGAAGACACACGUCCAAUUCCUACAAUCCGCCCUCGCAGCCGCCGGUAUCCCGGCCGUUAAGCCGUGCACCUACUCCUUCCCCGUCACCACUCCAGAAGAGUUUGUGCUCGUGUCCGGCGUGUUGGAGGGCGUGGGGGUCACCGCAUACCUGGGCGCUGCCGCCAGCAUCGCCGAUAAACUCACCCUGACCGCCGCGGGCAGCAUCCUAACGAUAGAAGCGCGCCACAGCAGUCUCAUCCGCGCCGCACAAAACCAGAACCCAGUGCCCCAGCCGUUCGACGUCCCGCUAGACUUCAACCAGGUAUUCUCCCUCGCAUCGCAAUUCAUAACCUCCUGCCCGCCGGAGAACCCACAGUUGCCGUUCAAGGCGUUCCCCACCCUGUCGCUGGCAAAGAACUACACCGGUGGUGACGGACACGUGAUCAAGACCGGGAGCAAGAUCUCGCUUGCGCCCGGGGUCAAGACCCAGAGAGACGGUCUCAGCGUUGCCUUUUUGACCGUUACUGGCCCCAUAUUCGUCGAUGCGGUGUUUGUGGAUGACCAUUCGGAUGGGUUUGGACACUUUGAGGUGGUCGUGCCCGCGGGGGUUAAUGGGCAGAGUUACGCUGUGCUUGUUAAUGGGAAGGAGAAGGUUUCGGAUGAGACAAUUGUUGCCGGGCCGGUUAUUGUCGAGAUCUCUAAUUAGGUGGCGGUUUGUUCCUAAUUGGUUGCAUUUUUGCAUUGCAUAGCGUGGUUCAUUUUUUGCAUUUCAUUUUUUCUUUUGUUAGCAUAGCAUAGCAUACUGUAGCAUUUGGGAAUGGGUAGAAUAGUGUAAUAGUAGAAUGAUAUAUACGUACCAUAUCACUUCA